AAAGAAAAAACGGAAGACUGAUAUUAGUAACGGUGCGUUUGCGGUGACACCGCUGCGACAACUCCCCCGAAUCGCUGCAAGAGUCGCGCGCAAGUGCGAUCUACCAUCGCCGACGAGACAUGACGAGGUGCACAGAGACGUCACCAUCGCCAUUGUCGUCAUCGUCGUUGAUGACAAUCGAAAGUAACGAUGCAGCAAACGGAAACGGAGCGGAAAAUCGAAAUUAAUACCGAUACAAUGCAUCGGGCGAUCAGCGGCGACAUCAAAACAUGUGAAAAGCUCAUGAUAAUUGGGAUCUGAAAAUAGGAUCGUCUACCGGACGAAAAUAGGACAUCUAUCAUGUCCGAUGCUUACCAAAAUAAUUUUCGUAGAUCGCGCGAAAGAAGAAACUAAUCAAAAUGGCAAGAAAAAUAUUUUGUAUAUGGAUCUUUAUCAAGAUGCAUAACCUAUAAUCGGAUAUGUUGCUGACAUCGAGGAAGAUAUGGAAUCUCGCUUACCAAAACCAAAAAUAAUGAUAAAAAAGGCGACUAGUAUAACGGAUAUAAUUAAAAAUAAUCAUGAAAGAACCAAUAAUAGUAAUAAUAUGCCGACAUCAGCAUUGGUAUCAACAUCAACAAUGUUAAUAUCCACAUCAUCAGCAUCGGCGUCAACAUUAACAUCUACCAAUACAAGAGCUAUAAAUGAUAAUAAAUUAGCAGUUAAACAAACCUUAGUUCGAGCCAAAACAUUAUCAACCAUCACACGACCAAAUAAUGUGAAAGCAGUGAAACGAACAGCUACUAAUAAUAUAAUACAUGGAGAAACAAAAAAACCUUUUAUUAAACCUGCCACUAAAGUACUAGUGAACAAGCCAAAUAAUAAUACAUUAACGAAUGCAGUAAACAAAGUAAACACAGUUAUAAAAAAAGAUACAGAUAAGACAGGCAAGAUUAAAAAAUGGGAUUUACGUGGUCGUUUAGCUCAGACAAGUGAUAAACUGUCGGUUGUACAACAGAAGAACAAAGAAAUAGAAUCAAAAUACAACGUUCUCCAGGAAUUAGUAGAUACUUUAAAGACCAGUGAAGCUACAUGUAAAAACGAAACGGAAAAACUUCAAGUUUUAAAUAACACUUUGACUACCGAACUUCAAAUUUUAACAGUAGAAAUAUCUACAAUUCGAAAGAAUGAAGAAGAUUUGGCAAAACGAUUAAAGGAAUCGACAGAAUCGUGUACAAAUUUUUCUCGUGAAUUGAGCGAAUAUAAGGAAAAUUGUAAGAAACAAGAAAUAUUGAUUUUGGAACAAACUAAACAAUUAACAAUUUUACAAACAGAUUUAGAAUUACAAAAAAAGAUUAAUAUGGAUUUAAAUAUUGUCAAAGAAGAGUUACAAGUAUUGACUCAUAAAAUGGAUAAAGAACGUAGAAUAUUACACAAUACGAUACAAGAAUUAAAGGGCAAUAUAAGAGUUUUCUGCAGAGUUCGGCCACGAACUCUAAAGGAGAUUGAACAAAUGAAACCGAUGUGUAAUAUAAGCUUUAUAGAUGACUGUACUAUUGAAGUGAGUAAAUCAGAUGGAUCAGAUGCAGUCAGCUGCAGUGGAAAGUUACGAGGAAUAAAACAAGAAUUUUCAUUUGAUAAAGUGUUUACACCCAACGCAUCUCAAGCGGAUAUAUUUGAAGAAUUAUCCCUUUUGGUACAGUCUGCACUUGAAGGAUAUAAUGUUUGUGUAUUCGCUUAUGGCCAAACUGGUUCCGGUAAAACAUAUACUAUGGAGGGAGAGUGUGGCUUGCAAACUGAAGGCAUGAUACCUAGAACGGUCUGUCAUAUAUUCAAAGAAAUGAAACAAUUUGAACUUCUUGGGUGGAAGUACCAGAUAGAAGCAAGCUUCUUAGAAAUUUACAACGAACACAUCAUCGAUCUUCUCGAUUCACAACAAAAAACGCAUGAAAUACGAAUGGUUGACAACAAAGGUCAAGAUUUAUACGUCAGUAAUCUGCAAAUAAAAGAAAUACACAGUCCAGAGGAAUUGCACGAAUGUCUACGAACCGCACAACGUAACCGAGCUGUUGCGGCUACUGAUUCAAAUGAACGAUCGUCUAGAUCCCAUUCAGUGGCAAGGAUACGACUAAUUGGUACACAUACUAUAAAACAAGAAGUAUCAAUAGGAAAUUUGAAUUUAGUCGACUUGGCUGGGUCCGAACGUUUAAAGACUGAAGAAGCUGUCAGAACGGCAGAAACGAAAAAUAUCAAUAAGUCGCUAGCAAAUCUUGGCAAUGUCAUUUUAGCGCUUUUAAAGAAACAGGAACAUGUUCCGUACAGAAAUUCUAAAUUGACGCAUUUACUCAUGCCUUCUCUGGGAGGCAAUUCAAAAACUUUGAUGUUACUAAAUAUAUCUCCGCUAGACGAAUGUUAUAAUGAGACAUUAAAUUCAAUGAGAUUUGCUAGUAAUGUUAAUAACUGCAAAACUGGAAAUAUUAAACGAAGCCGAAUGAUUUUACAAAAUACGACGAAUUGAAUUUUAAUGUAUUAGAUCUAAUUAAGAAAUAGUGUUACGUUAUAUUUUAAGAUAUUUUAUUUUUACAGGAUUAACAUUUUUAUCAUUACAAAUGUAAUUUAAAGUAGUUAAGAACAUUCUCUUCUUGAUUAGUACCAAAAUCAUAAAACUAUCUCUUUUGUGACAUUAAUAAUAAUAUAAUAUGAAUUGUUAAAUAUAUUAAAUAAAGUAAAUAAUAUAUCUUCGAAAAAAGUA